AUUUGUGCUAAAACAUAGUAUUUCAACUAAAUGCAGUAUUUCUGGGUAAUGAUAGUAUUUCUAUAUAUUUCUGCCAGCUCCCCAGGGAGUUAAUCCUCUGUGAGCACUGUAAUAUUCAAAUUUACAUAUCAGGACCUGCACGACUUCACAACCAGCCAAUCAUUUCUGAGGACUGGGACAUUAAAAUUUGCAUUUUGAUGCCUUUUUGGCUCCUAAGCCAACCAAUCAUCUAUGUCAUAUAUCUCUAAUAAUUCAUAAUCUUAUUUUAAAUACAUAACACUUAAGGAUUCCCCCAUCUCUUCCGAACAAAACGGUCUAAGAAUGACAGUUGUAGCCCCUAUGGUUAUGAAAUUAUGGCUGAAGCGUGUAUCUCUCUCUCUCUCUGUUACUGUGUUUUGUGUGUGUGUGUGUGUGUGUGUGUGUGUGUGUGUGUGUGUGUAAAAGCCACCCCUGCACUAAUUACUGAUAGUUCAGAACAAGUCUUUGUGUAUUAACAGGUUUCCACUCUGUGAAACCGAUUUUCUUACAAAUAUGAUUUUUACAUUAACAUGUGGUUUCAGAAAGUGUAACUGUUAAAGCUAUAGUUUAGAUGGUUGUCUUUAAAACUUUCACUGAAGAGUCUUGUUGGAGACAGCCACAGCUUUACCUCACUGUAGUUGUCCACGCUGUAGCUUUACCGCACUGUGGGUGAACAAGUGGGUGCAAGUCCAUUUAGGUCAGAAUUUGAUAUUUGAUAUACCUUUAUUAGUCCCACAAGGGGGAGUUUAUAUGAUUACAACCAUUAUGAUUUAGAAAAAAAGAAAUAAAUGUGCAAUGAACAUUUCAGGGGUCACUGUUAAAAAGUCUCAUGACAGUGGGGUUAAAGGACCGCCUGAACCUCUUGAGUCCUGCAGAGCAGUGAGAUGAGCCUCUGCAGCUCCUACUGUCCUGAAGACUGUUCUUAUUACUGCAGUCAGUUACAUAAAUCUAUCAUAAUACAGUACAUUUUAACAUAAUGACCUUAUGUUUAUUUAUGUCUUUUAACCAUUAUUUCAAAUUCAAAGAAUCCUGUUUGAAACAUUUAUUAAACUUAUAGAAUUAAAUUUCUGCUAGUUGUUUUUUGUUGCAAAAAAAUCUAGUAUAAUAAUAUUUAAAUCUACAUAUAUUUUUCACGUUUUCAAUGCCAAUUUUGUGUAAUGGCGAAGUUUCCCACUACCCGUGAAUGCCUCUUUUUUACGUCUACGGCUGACUACUGAAUCUCCGCCCACUCUCUGCUUGAUCCCUGCCGAGUGAAAGAGAUCUUUGGUUUUGCCUUUGCUGACUGCUGAUCUGAUCGUCUCAAGUCUGGUGACCUGCUGCAGAAAACCCUCUCCCUCUAUCAUUAACAAGCAAUUCAGUCUGUCCUAUCACUCUCCCUCUCCCUGCUCCAUCUUUUUUGACAAGCCAUUCUAUCUUCUGUCAUUUCUCCGCCAUGAGCUCUAUCUAAUUUGACAAGCUUGAACCUGAGUUGAAAAGCAAAACAAGUUUGAGAAACCCAAGUUUGAGAAACCCAAGUUUGAGAAACCCAAGUUUGAGAUAAACCAAGUUUGAGAUAAACCAAGUUUGAGAUAAACCAAGUUUGAGAAGAAACCAAGUUUUUGGAAUUGAAGUUACCGCAACUUCAUCGAUCUGUUUUCAGAAUUCGGAGAGAUCUCCGCUCUCACGGCUCCUUCUUUCCUGUCAUUAAACUUUCAUAUCCACUCAUUUUGCUGGAAAUUACAAGUAAAAAGUUGAAUAUACAGUACAGUAGAACUCACUGUAGAAACUACUUACAGAGACCUACAUUUGUCAUUUUAAUUUUGCAUUACACUUUGAAAUAAACACUGAUAGUUUGGCUUACAAGUGCAAUUUGAUAAAUUAUAUAAACUUAUAUACACCUUUUUUUAGAUAUAUUUGUAGUAAGAUAAUCUGGUUAUUUUGUAAUUCAGACUGUUAUAUUCACAUAAAUAUUAAAUUUGAUUCAAAUACAUUUUUCAAGUCUGUUUCAUUGGUUAUAACAUUUGACUACAAGUUUAUACUAUUAUUAUUUAAGGACAAACCCUUUUUUGUCACUCAGUGUAAGUAUUCAAUUACAGUUAUCAUCUAGAGGCUGUCCUGAGAACCCAGACUUCCUGUUUCCUGGCUGCUGCAGAACAUCCAGCUGAAGAAUCCCCAUUGCCUGUCAUCUGAUCACCACACCAUCACAGCUCAUAUUUGCUUUAAAAUUUAAAUAUCUGAAAGAUUUACACAGUCUACUUAAAAGUUAAGUUUUAUUAUAGCCUGUUGAUUGAUUGUUGAGAUUUAUUCUGCAUAUUACAUUACAGAAGUAUAGACCUAUUUGUUAUCCAGUCUGGUUAAAGAAAAAUAUAAGUAAUAAUAUACAGUUUUUGAAAAAAAGUUACAAUAAAACAGACCAAAGUGUUUUCAAAGGACUUUUAUAUUGAGUUUGUAUUUAAGUCAGCCUUUUACAUUAAUUCUGAUAAAUCUCUGAUUUAAUAGUCAUUAAAGUCAUUAGUUUUUCAGUGUUUACAGGUUAACUUUUGUUUACAUUUGUGUAUACAUAUAAGUUCCAGUUUGUACUUCAACAAAAUGCCAAGAAAAGGUCAAAGGUCGCAGUCCCAGAAGCUUAGAUGGCAAAAGCAGCGAGAACAGGUAAAUGUUUCUGAGAUCGGUGAGCAGGUAAAGGUGUCUGUUACAAGUAUUCCCAGUCCAGAAGUGCAGAGCAGUGCUCAGACAGCCGCAGUGUCUUAUGCAGAUGUGGUAAAGAGAGGUGUUCGCUCAGCAUGUGUGCCAAAUGCUAAAGUACAGCAGAUAAUUCAGACUGAACCCCAGGUAACUGUGCAAACGCAGCAUGAUGGAGAAGCUCCAGGACCAUCUCAUGCACAGGUUACAAACAGUGAAAGUCGUCCACGAGUGAGUAGCAUCUGUGCAUCCCGAAGCCAGGCCUCUCCUAAGUAUGGAAAGUACAGGAAUCAGCAAUGCAUGGCGAACAGUUUGGUUUUCCUGUCAUUCUUACACGAGGAUGAAUUCAUUACAAGAGCAGAUCUUAACAGUGUGUUGGACAAAGGCCAUGCCAUGCAUUCAGAUGCCAGAAAGAGGUUUGUGAACAGUGUGUUUCUAGCCUGCGAUGAGCUUCCCACAGUGGUCAGCAGCCGCAGACACAAGUAUCAAGUGGACAUGUCUCAGUUUGCUCAUUACGGCGCAUUUGAUGGUACAGAUCAUCUUCCGAGCCUUGAACAGGGACUACAGUGUUUGGCUUCAGCGGUUCGCUAUGCUUUGCUAGUCAUGGGAGGAAACGUCAUUGCAGUUUGCAGGCUGACUUCAGGUGAAUACGCAUAUUUUGACCCUCACUCACGUAAGUCUACAGGAAUGCCAUUGUCGCUAGCUGUAAGUGGUGGAACUGCAGUUAUGUUAAAAUUCACACGUCUUAACGACAUGAUUGACAGGAUCAAAUGCUUGUACCGAAUGUUUAGCAUCGCACCAACCAGCACUUAUGAGCUACAGCCUGUCGAGUUUCACAGUGAAAACGCUGCUGACCAAAGACAUGCUAAUCAAACCACCGAAUACAGACAAACCGCUGCAAGUGUUCCAGCCGCAGCUUUAAAUGAACCUGUCCAUGAAUUAAAUUCCCAAACAACCACUGAGCAGACACGGAAAACUGUUACGGAGACUGUAAUCACUGAAGUGACACCAUCCAGAGUGGAUUAUUCAGAUGAGACAGCUGCUACUGAAAACAAGAAUCGUCCUUCUGAUUAUUUACAGAAAGAAACCUCUGCAUCUUCUGUGAGAGAAACUCAGGUAAUAUCAGAUGCUGUUCCUCAGAAUGAUUCAAACACUGCCUCCUGUUCAAUUAAGACAACACAGGAACUCUCACAUAACCUACUAAAACGUAAUAAACACCGAAGGGAAAGAUUUAGGAGAAGAUCAUUGGCCCAACAAACACUACCACAAAGAAAAGAAAAUCAGAAAAAGAAAGAACAGCAGAUGUACGCUUUUGAUGAAACCUUUAAGGCAAAGAAAAAAAAUUCUAGUAGAAAGUCUAAUGAUCCAGAUCAUAGACAGAAGAAGAGAGUGUACAAAAAUAAUCUGUAUAAAAUAAAUGCUACAUAUAGAGAGAAACAGACAGAACAUUUGAGAAAGAUCUAUAGAGAAAGGGAUGAUUUUAAGGAAAAACAGAAGGAGCAAUUGAGAAGGAUCUAUAGAGAAAGUGCUAAUAUGAUAACCCGGUAA